AUCCAUCGAAUAUUCUGCAGAUAAUUGCUUUUAAUUCCUUUUUCGUCAAUUAAAAUCUGCUUUAUUAGGAAAUUAUUAUAAACGGAAUAACAUGUUAUUUCUUAACAUUCCUACAUACGAAAAUAAUCCCAGAUGAAGAAUUGUAUUAUAUGAAUACAUUGUUAUAUAUGUACGUACACAUUUAAUUGUUAAGAGUCCAGUAAGGCUACCUUAGUUUCUUCAUUUCUUAUUUUCCAUGUAACAAUUUAGUGAUUUGUUUCAAUCUAGCGGUUUUCUGGCGGUAUUUAAGAAACCAUCUAGCGAGUCCUCUACUUCAUGCGUUGGCAACAUUGUUUCAAAUUCAAACACGGCAGUGUUCACCCCCUGAUGAAGGACGCGAGCAUUAAAGUUCGAGGUUAUGUUCUAGUUUGUUUUUUUUAAUCAUACAAGGAUGAGUGAAAAUAAAGUUAUUAUACACGAUGAAAAAUGGAUAAUUAGACCAUGCGAAGUUUACAAAGAAGAGUAUUCCGAUUGUCGAAGCCUUAAAGCUCGAUUUCAUCAGUACUUUAUAUUUGGUAAAAUGAUAGAAUGUUCACAAUGGAAAACAGAUUACAGUAAUUGUCAGAAAUUUUUCAGCAGUGGAAAUGAGACUGCAUAUAAAAAUUUAAUUGAGAGUGAAAAAAAACGUAGGCAAGAGAGAUUAACUGCACAUUAUGGUAAUAAUGUCUGGGAGAAACGAACUGAACCCCCUGAAAACUGGAACAGUCCACUUCCCGAGUGGCUAGUAAAUAAACAAAAGAACUCGUAUCUAACUACGAAAGCUCAGCAGAUAAAGGAAGGUAAUGUCAGUGAUAUUGAAUAUGCUCUUCCCUGUACUAUAUUGUAGUGUUUGUAAAUAUUAGGUGGACCGGAAAGUAAUAUCGUUUUCUUAAAUUAAAUUCAAUGUGCAGAAACAACAUUACUUUCCAGUCCCCCGAAUAUAAUAUAUUUGUAUGGAGAAAAAGUCUAAUAAAUAGUUAGAUUAUUUUAUUUAAA